AUGAAGCUUUUAGUCCGUGUGAUCGAAGCGAAAAACAUACCGGCCCUCGACCCAAAUGGGUUCAGUGAUCCAUAUGUGAAACUGCAGUUGGGCAAGCAAAAGUUUAGAAGUAAAGUUGUGAAGAAAUGCCUGAGCCCAUCUUGGUGUGAGGAGUUCACCUUUAAGGUGGACGACUUGAAAGACGAGCUUCUCAUAUGUGUUUUGGAUGAAGAUAAGUACUUCAAUGAUGAUUUUGUCGGGCAGAUCAAAAUCCCCGUCAGUCACGUUUUCGAAGCCAAAGACAAGUCCCUUGGAACCACCUGGUACACGCUGCAGCCUAAGAAUAAAAAGUCCAAGAACAAGGAUUGUGGUGAAAUUCUUCUAACUAUAUGUUUCUCUCAUAAUAACACGCCGUUCGACCUCUUGCCGGCUGACACCUUUGUGCUGCCGAGAAAAUCAGCUGACUCCAUAAUGGACAGUCCUUCGAGAUCUUCGCCUGUGAGGUCAUCUUCUACCACGAGAUUAGAUGAAACCGUCUCCUCAAAGGAGGAAAAGCCUCAUGCUCCAACAUUAGCCGGCCGAAUAGCACAAAUGUUUAACAAGAACUCGGACUCAACAUCCGUGUCGAGUUCGGUUGAAGCAGCUGAGAUAUUAGAUUUGCCCGAGAGCUUGGAUCCUGUGGUAAUGGAGCAAAACUCUGAGGAGCAAACCACUUCCGUUGAUUUUGAUGAGAUGAUGAAAAUCAUGGAGGCAAAAGAUCAAGGAGGUGAGAUCCCAAGUAGCUUGUCAGGAGGCGUUGCACUCGACCAAAUCUAUGGGACGUCUCCUUGGGAAUUGAACUCGAUACUGUUCUCACCGGACUCAGACUUUUGGAAAACCGCAUCUGAUUCACAGGGAUCUACGGAUUUGCAAAUAGGCCCCUGGAAGUUUGAAAACUGUGGUGAGACUCUAAAAAGAGUGGUUUCUUACACGAAAGCUGCUAGUAAGCUGAUCAAAGCUUUGAAAACGACCGAGGAGCAGAUGUUCCUGAAAGCCGACGGUAAGAAUUUUUCUGUAAUUUCCAGCGUGAGCACGCCGGAUGCUCCUUAUGGAAAAACUUUCAAGGCGGAGGUGCUUUACUGCAUAACGUUAGGGCCCGAGCAGCCAUCAGGAGAGCAGACUUCACGCCUGGAGGUUUCUUGGCGAAUUAAUUUCUUGCAGAGCACAAUGAUGAAGGGUAUGAUAGAAGGUGGGGCAAGGCAAGGUAUAAAGGAAAGCUUCGAACAUUAUGAGAAGCUGUUGGCUCAGAUUGUGAAGCCGCUCGAUCUUAAGGAUAUUGGGUCCGAGAGAGAUCAGAUGCUGGCGUCCCUUCAGGUGGAACGUCAGUCAGACUGGAAACUGGCUGUUCAGUAUUUUGCUAAUUUCACAGUGAUAUCUACUGUUUUAAUGGGCUUGUAUGUGCUCGUGCAUGUGUGGCUGAGUAUGCCAAGCACGGUUCAGGGUCUUGAGUUUGUGGGUUUGGACUUGCCGGAUUCAAUUGGUGAGGUGAUAGUGUGUGGUGUUUUGGUUCUGCAAGGGAAAAGAGUGCUGGAGUUGAUGUCCCGGUUUAUGCAGGCCCGAGUGCAAACAGGUAGUGAUCAUGGAAUCAAAGCACAGGGAGAUGGCUGGUUGCUCACAGUUGCACUAAUUGCAGGAAGCAAUUUGGCGGCCGUUGACUCGAGUGGGUUCUCUGAUCCCUAUGUGGUGUUCACUUGCAAUGGGAAAACAAGAACCAGCUCUAUCAAGUUUCAAAAAUCUGAUCCUCUUUGGAAUGAAAUUUUUGAAUUUGAUGCAAUGGAAGACCCUCCAUCGGUGCUGGACGUGGAAGUUUUUGAUUUCGAUGGCCCUUUUGAUGAAGCUACGUCUCUUGGACGUGCUGAGAUUAAUUUUCUAAAAUCAAAUAUUUCAGAGCUGUCAGAUAUUUGGAUUCCUCUACAAGGAAAGCUGGCCCAGGCGUGCCAGUCGAAAUUGCAUUUAAGAAUAUUCUUGAACAAUACUCGAGGUGGUAAUGUUGUCAAAGAUUAUAUAUCUAAGAUGGAGAAGGAAGUAGGCAAGAAGAUAAGAUUGCGUUCUCCUCAAACAAAUUCAGCAUUUCAGAAGCUUUUCGGGCUACCACCUGAGGAAUUUCUUAUCAAUGACUUUGCUUGUCACUUAAAACGGAGAAUGCCUCUCCAGGGGCGGUUGUUUCUGUCGGCGAGAAUAAUUGGGUUUCAUGCAGAUCUAUUUGGGCACAAGACAAAGUUUUUCUUUCUGUGGGAAGAUAUAGAAGACAUUCAAGUCAUACCUCCAACUUUGUCAUCAAUGGGUAGUCCAAUUAUCAUCAUGACAUUAAGGCCAGGAAGAGGAUUUGAUGCACGGCAUGGAGCAAGGACUCAGGAUACUGAAGGCCGGCUCAAGUAUCAUUUUCAUUCAUUCGUGUCUUUCAAUGUGGCACACAGAACAAUCAUGGCACUGUGGAGGGCAAGGUCUUUGACCCUCGAGCAGAAGGUACAAAUCGUGGAGGAAGAAUCUGAGGCUAAUAAUGUCCAAGCUUCUGAAGAGGAUGCCCUAACCAAGAAUCUCAUGUCUACAGACGAGGAAAUCGACCCUAAAAACCUUCAAGCAGUGGAUGAAGACUCCGAGCCCAAGAGCCUUUCCACUGAGGAGAGUGGCUCGUUUUUGGGAGUCGAAGAUGUUAACAUGUCCGUUGUUUAUUCCUCAAUCCUCUCUCUUCCUACGAGCUUCUUCAUGGAGUUGUUCAGAGGUAGCGAGAUCGAUCGAAGGGUGAUGGAGAGAGCUGGCUGUCUCAAUUACUCUCACAGCCCAUGGGAAUCUGAAAAACCGGACGUGUACCAGAGGCAGCUGUAUUACAAGUUCGACAAGCGCAUAUCUCGUUACAGAGGGGAGGUGACCAGCACUCAGCAGAAGUCUCGACUUUCUGGGAAAAAUGGUUGGCUCGUUGAGGAAGUCAUGACUCUCCACGGGGUCCCGCUUGGCGACUACUUCACGCUUCACUUGAGGUAUCAAGUCGAAGAUUUACCUUCAAGGUCGGUAGGUUGCAACGUUCAAGUACAUUUUGGGGUCGCGUGGUUGAAGGACACCCGACACCAAAAGAGGAUCACAAAGAACAUUGUGUCCAAUCUUCAAGAACGUCUUAAAGUCAUGUUCAGUGUAUUGGAGAAGGAAUACGUAUCGGGAUCAUAG